UGAAAAACGAACCGCGAAGUGUGACAGUCAUACCGAUCAUCUCACUCUCGAUGUCACCACAAUAUUCGGAAACAGAUUAUUGUGUGUGAUGUGGCAAAACAUUGCAACAUCAUGCAAGUGGUUCGAUUCUUCCCCGAAAUAUUUUUCAUCUGGAUUAUGAUCGGAAAUGUUACAUCGUUUAGAAUAAGGGAUCCAAGCAAGAUAAUGACAGCUGGAAGCAAUCAAGAACAUAACCAGAACUACCAAAACCAGAACUAUCAAAUAAACCAAAUCGAUGACAAUUUUUUCCUAACAACUGCUGUACCUGAUUCUCUACCAACUUCGACACCUGGUAUAACCAUCGACGAAAAUGCAAUGCUUACAACACUACCCAUAACCAUAUUAACAUCUGAGAUCACUGAACCACUAACUACCACAUCUCAAAGCACCUCAAAACCAACCACUCAUCAAACAACAAAUGAAAUACAAGAAGAAACAACAGUUGUCACUACACUUUUGACCUCAACUUCUUCGUCUUCUUCUGCAACAAUUUUCUCUACCCCAGAAUCUAGUGUAUACACAUUACCCACGUCGUCAUCUACCUCGGUCGAAACUAGUUCAGCUGCAACUACAACUAUGGAGCUAACCUCAACUACGUCAAAUUUGGAUUUAUCCUCCUCAUCUUUAGCUUCAACUAUCUUGAGUACAAUGACAAUUGCUUCAAACAAACCUUCAACAGUACCAGUCACUGAAACAACUUCAGAAUCAAGAACUUCUACCGCUUCUCCUACUGAGUCUGACAGCUCAGAUGCUAUAAUAUUUCCGGACGAGGAUGACAAUGUUUCAGACACAUAUGUGACUUUUCCUCCUCUUAUUUAUCAACUCAUAUCAUCUCAAGGACAGCGAUUUGGUUAUGCCGUUCCUGGAUUUGUUAUUCCCUCAGAAAUCAAAAUCUACGUGAACUUUCCCAAUUCGACUAUAUUUGUGCCUGGUGUUAUUCAAGCAACUGCAGAUACAUUAACAAACAAAACUACCGAUAAAGAGGCACCCAAAGAGGACUCAUCUAACAAGGCACCAUCCGGUACCAAAAAUAUUACUGAAAACACUGAAAAACAAGCCGCAACUAACACAGAAGCACCAAACAUACAAAUACAUGUUGACGGGGUAUCUGAGGAAAAUACCUCAGGUGAAAAAACACUAAAAAUAUAUUACUCAAACAAAAACGCACAUAGUAUACAAACACCAAAUGACGAAGCACGUAAGGAAAAGCAUGAAAUGGCCACAAAUAACAAGGAAAUUCUCACCAGCGUAACAACACUCACUGAAGAAACAUUGGACACCACCUUAUUCACAACACACGACUACGAAGUACCAAAUAAUGAAGAAGCUAUUAUACAAACACAAAGCACUACCAUAAGCACUGAUAUUUUGGUCACGCUAUCACCUAACACUGGAUCAACAAUCACUGAAACUGCAUCAAACAUUAUUAUAAACGAUUUUAUAGAUACCUUCAAAGAAAAUAUUGACUUAUCGCACAAUACCCAAAAUAAUGAUUUUGGUCAGAACUCAGGCCAGUUCGUUGGUCCAACUUCAAUUCACAAAAUAAAAUGUGAGGAGUAUUCUAGCUAUUUCAGAAAUUUUAAAGAUGUACCGAAAGAACAAAAUAGUCUUCCUUUCCAAUUAUUCAUUGUUGGUGGAGUAGGGUCUGAGGAGAAAGAAUUUCCACACAUGGCUGCAUUAGGAUAUGGAAAAGGAGAAGAAAAACAAUGGCUUUGUGGAGGAAGUUUGAUUAGUGAGAGGUUUGUACUAACAGCAGCACAUUGCUUGACUUCAAAACAAAUAGGAGAUGUUCAAAUAGUUCGUUUGGGUACAACAACUCUUCAAACCGAAACUUUGGAAUCUAUGGACUACGGAAUCUACCGUAAGAUUCCUCAUCCACGCUACGUAGUUGGACAACAGUACAACGAUAUUGCUUUGAUAGAAUUGGAUCAUCCGGUAAAAUUCACAGAAUUCAUACGGCCAAUUUGCCUGGAUGAUGAAAAUGGUUAUACUGGACGAAAGCUCAUAGCGACAGGUUGGGGUAGAAUCCAAGCAACUGGAUCUGUGAGCAAGGACCUUCAGAAGGUAGAUCUGGAUUAUUUCCCCAUGACGAAUGCCAACAAAAGUAUGCAAAGGUAUCUAAGCAGGAUUUACCGUAUGGCAUAG